GUCCUGUUUCAUCAUCGUCCAUCAUCAUCCAUCGUCAUCCCGAUCAUCUACUUCCUUCAAACUCCCUCCGCGCACCACAUACCACAACACACACCACAACCACAACCACAACCACCAAAAUGUCCUCCCCCAACCAACCCACCACCACCACCACCAACAACACAAUAACCCACACCCUAAAAGCAUGGGGCAACAACCCGAUCCCCCCAACCCUAACCGCAACCCUGAUAACAGCCCAACACCUGCGCCCCCUCCGAAUCCUCCCCCUAACCUUCGUCCCCGUCUUCAUCUUCAGCUCCUACAUCAACGUGGGCGGCGACUUCAAAGUCGACAGCGCGGGGCUGACGGGCGCGUGGAGCGCUUUGCUUUGUGGGCGGGAUGCGGAGGCGGUUUUCGGCACGGGGGGUGGUGCGCGGGGCGACGGUGGGGUUGUGUGUGGUUAA